GCCCCGCCCCUUCUCUCCUCCAAGAUGGCGAGCGGCGGCAGCGGGGGGGUUUCGGUGCCUGCGCUCUGGAGUGAAGUGAACCGUUAUGGCCAGAAUGGCGACUUCACGCGCGCUCUCAAGACCAUCAACAAGAUACUGCAGAUAAACAAGGAUGAUGUAACUGCUCUGCACUGUAAGGUGGUAUGCCUUAUCCAGAAUGGAAGUUUUAAGGAAGCCCUAAAUGUCAUCAAUACUCACACCAAAGUGUUAGCCAAUAAUUCUCUUUCUUUUGAGAAGGCUUAUUGUGAAUACAGGCUGAACAGAAUUGAAAAUGCCUUGAAGACAAUAGAAAGUGCCAACCAGCAGACAGGCAAACUAAAGGAACUUUAUGGACAAGUGUUAUACCGAUUAGAACGCUAUGAUGAAUGCUUAGCUGUGUAUAGAGAUCUUGUCCGAAACUCCCAAGAUGAUUAUGAUGAGGAGAGAAAAACAAAUCUUUCAGCAGUUGUUGCAGCUCAAAGCAAUUGGGAAAAAGUGGUUCCAGAGAACUUGGGCCUUCAAGAAGGCACACAUGAACUGUGUUACAAUGCUGCGUGUGCACUGAUAGGACAGGGCCAGCUGAACCAGGCAAUGAAAAUCCUACAAAAAGCUGAAGAUCUCUGUCGCCGUUCAUUAUCAGAAGAUGCUGAUGGGACUGAGGAAGAUCCACAGGCAGAACUUGCCAUCAUUCAUGGGCAGAUGGCUUAUAUUCUUCAGCUUCAGGGUUGUACUGAGGAGGCUUUGCAACUUUACAAUCAGAUAAUAAAACUAAAGCCAACAGAUGUGGGAUUGCUAGCUGUAAUUGCAAAUAACAUCAUUACCAUUAACAAGGACCAAAAUGUCUUUGACUCCAAAAAGAAGGUGAAAUUAACCAAUGCAGAAGGAGUAGAGUUUAAACUUUCCAAGAAACAAUUGCAAGCUAUAGAAUUUAACAAAGCUUUACUUGCUAUGUACACAAACCAGGCAGAACAGUGCCGCAAAAUAUCUGCCAGUUUACAGUCCCAAAGUCCUGAACAUCUCCUGCCAGUGUUAAUCCAGGCUGCCCAGCUCUGCCGUGAAAAGCAGCACACCAAAGCAAUAGAGUUGCUUCAGGAAUUUUCAGAUCAGCAUCCAGAAAAAGCAGCUGAAAUUAAACUGACCAUGGCACAGCUGAAAAUUUCCCAAGGUAAUAUUUCCAAAGCAUGUCUAAUAUUGAGAAGCAUAGAGGAGUUAAAGCAUAAACCAGGCAUGGUAUCUGCAUUAGUGACCAUGUACAGCCACGAGGAAGAUAUUGAUAGUGCCAUUGAGGUCUUCACACAAGCUAUCCAGUGGUAUCAAAGCCAUCAGCCCAAAUCUCCUGCUCAUUUGUCCUUGAUAAGAGAAGCUGCAAACUUCAAACUCAAAUAUGGACGGAAGAAGGAGGCAAUUAGUGACCUAGAACAGCUAUGGAAGCAAAAUCCAAAAGAUAUUCAUACCCUGGCUCAGCUUAUUUCUGCUUAUUCACUUGUAGAUCCUGAGAAAGCAAAAGCUCUUAGUAAACACUUGCCCUCGUCAGAUAGUAUGUCUCUAAAAGUAGAUGUGGACGCUCUUGAAAAUUCUCCUGGUGCUACAUACAUUCGGAAGAAGGGUGGAAAAGUUACUGGAGAUAGUCAACCAAAGGAACAAGGACAGGGAGAUUUAAAAAAGAAGAAGAAAAAAAAGAAGGGAAAACUGCCUAAGAAUUAUGACCCCAAAGUGACUCCAGAUCCAGAAAGAUGGCUACCAAUGCGAGAACGUUCUUACUACCGGGGAAGAAAGAAGGGUAAAAAGAAGGAUCAGAUUGGAAAGGGAACCCAGGGAGCAACUGCAGGCGCAUCAUCUGAGCUGGAUGCCAGUAAGACUGUGAGCAGCCCACCCACCUCUCCAAGACCUGGCAGCGCAGCAACAGCAUCUGCAUCUACAAGUAAUAUUAUACCCCCAAGACACCAGAAACCUGCAGGGGCUCCAGCAACAAAAAAGAAACAGCAACAAAAAAAGAAGAAAGGUGGAAAAGGUGGCUGGUGAAUAGAACAUUCUUGUUGCAGGCUAUUUUUAAAUUAGUCUCAGUGACAACAGGAACAUAAUAAAGGUAACACAGAAAGAAGCACAGAGCUGCUCCCUCUCUCAUCCCUACACUUUCAUAAAAUUAUUUUCUUGUGCAUCAAACAGGAAAACAACUUCCUCAAACUGUCUAGUCAGAUGUACUUGUACCACCUAGCUUUGCACAGAUGAUGAGGACUCAAAAUAAUUGGCAUUUACCCACCUUG